AUGCGCUACGGGUUCUUAGCCAUGUAUGAGGAGAUGAUUUUCUUCCGCCAGAUUUUAUCGAAUGGCAGCUGGGUUUUGCAGUACAGCACGCCCGUUAAAAGCAGCACUGCGGCACAAGAAGACCUUGACGGUGACUAUGAAGAUCGAGUUUCCGUACGGGAGUGCUUCCUGCACCUGAUACAACUAGCCGAUACAACCCACAUUGCGGGAAACCCCCUUCCCUAUGCUCUGUGUGUCUGUUGCUCUGCUUCAUAUGGCGACUUCGACCAAGCCCCUCGGGAUUAUUAG